AUGACGCAGAAGCAGACCAUGUUCAAGGGGCAGACCAAGAAGAAGUCCAUCCCUCCCAGCCGCCAUGGCAAGGCGCCCCACAUCCGCAAAGGGAAGAGGGCCGUGAAGCCGACCAAGUGCACCAAGGACAUGGACGCCGACAAGGACCUCACAAAGUUCAUCAACCACGCGAACGAAAUAAAAGCUGCAAAUAAGGCUAGCAAAGAAGGUGGUGACCUCAGCAUAGUGAAGUCCGACGCGGAUACUUCCAACUCGAAGCAGUAG